UCGCCAGGUGACAGGAGUAAGGAUACCCAGUGGGGUCAUUCCUGCCGAUAUCAUUAUUUCUUGUGCUGGCUUCUGGGGUGUUGAAGUUGGCGCCAUGGUUGGCGUACCGAUUCCUUUGCUUCCACUAGCGCAUCAGUAUGCGAAAACAACCUCUGUGCCGGCUCUCGCUGGCCGUCCCAUUAAUGAUCUUCCAAACGGACAAAACGCUGUACGACCUAUCCUACGCCAUCAGGACCAUGAUCUAUAUUUCCGGGAGCAUGGCAGCCAGUAUGGCAUCGGCUACUAUGGUCAUCGUCCCAUGCCAGUUGUCGCCGCAUCGUUGGGAUUAACCCCUAAGCAUGUCGAUGAGAAGAGUAUGCCAUCCCGGUUGGAGUUCACUAGCGAAGACUUCGACCCAGCCUGGAAGGAGACAAAGGAACUGUUGCCCGCUCUACGCGACACAGAAAUUGCUGACGGCUUCAAUGGAAUUUUCUCUUUCACUCCGGAUGGCGGUCCCCUCGUUGGACAAGCGCCGAAUGUGGAGGGCUUCUAUGUAGCCGAGGCGGUCUGGGUAACACAUUCAGCUGGUGUUGCACGGGCUGUGGCAGAGGUACUCACAACAGGCCGGUCCCAGAUCGAUCUCUCCGAGUGCGAGCUCUCUCGUUUUGAAGAAAUUCAACUCAGCCGUGACUACGUCAGCGAGACCUCGCAGCAGAAUUUCGUCGAGAUCUACGAUAUACUACACCCCAUGCAACCGAAGGAGUCGCCCCGGAAUCUUCGUGUUAGUCCCUUCUAUAGCAGAGAGCGAGAGCUGGGUGCUUUCUUCCUCGAGCUCGGAGGAUGGGAGCGUCCAUUCUGGUACGAAUCAAACGCAGAGCUGCUGAAGUAUCUCCCGGCACAGUGGCAACCUGUCGGACGAGAUGCCUGGUCAGCACAGUUCUACUCGCCUAUUGCCGCAGUAGAAGCCUGGAAGACACGCAACGCAGUAGCCAUGUACGAUAUGACUUCGUUUCACCGAUUUGAGGUGUCCGGCCCCGGGUCAAUCGAUCUGCUCCAAAGGUUAACCACGGGCGAUAUCACUGCCAAGCCUGGGACCAUCACCUACACUCUACUUCUGAAUGAUCACGGAGGCAUCCGCAGCGACAUUUUCGUGUCGAGGCUCGGUGAGAAUGUUUUCCAGAUUGGGGCGAACACGGCUACCGAUCUGGAAUAUCUAGUUAGAGAGGGCCGUCGCCAAGGACAGCACACCCCGAGCCGAUGGGUAGAGGUGCGUGAAAUUACUGGUAGCACCUGUUGUAUCGGGUUAUGGGGUCCCCGCGCCCGGGAUGUCAUCAGUACCAUCACCACAGAUGACUUCUCCAACAAGGGACUGCCAUACUUUGGCGUCAAGAGCGCAACUAUCGCCGGAAUCCCAGUCACGGUGUUCCGGAAGUCAUACGUUGGGGAACUAGGCUGGGAGAUUCAGACCAGCUCCCAAUACGGCCAGCGAUUGUGGGAUGCAAUCUGGCAGGCAGGCAAGUCUCACGGGCUCAUCGCGGCCGGCCGUGCUGCCUUUAAUGCUUUGCGAUUGGAGAAGGGCUACCGAACCUGGGGCAGCGAUAUGACUACCGAACACAACCCGUAUGAAGCAGGCGUUGCUUCCGCCAUCAAGACGGACAAGAAGGAAAGCUAUGUUGGGAAAGCUGCGAUCCAACGUCUCUCAAAACAGGCACCCACAAGACGUCUGCGUUGCCUCACCGUCAAUGAUGGUCGUUCCAUGGUGCUUGGUAAGGAGCCAGUAUUCCUGAACGGUAAAGCUGUUGGCUAUGUCACUAGCGCCGCAUUCGGCUUCACGGUUCGAAAGCCGGUCGCGUAUGCUUGGUUGCCCGCCAGCGCAACAGAGGGCCAGACAGUCGAGAUCGAGUACUUUGGGCGGCGUAUCCCAGCUACGGUCACAGCCGAGCCGCUGUACGACCCACAAAUGAGCCGACUACAUGCGAACGGCCCAUCAGUGGUACCCGAGUUCCAGAAGCCCUUGAAGAACCUUCUGUAAUGAUAGUGACCUUCACGAACGAUGAAAUGAUAUUAGCGCUGUUUUGACUAUGUUUAUUG